AUGAGUGUUGUGGCUCCGUUGGAGAUUCGGAGGUUUUCUGAGUUAGUGAACAAGGCAAGGGUUAUUGAAGAUUGUGCUAAGAAGGUAGCAUUGGCAAGGGAUACUCGUGGAGGCAUCAACAGAGGCCAUGGAAAAUAUUUCCAGUCUAGGGGUCAAAACUUCAAAAGAUGUGGACAUGCCCCUCAACACCCUCAAGGUCAAGGAAACUUUAGGAGGACUAACUACGAUCUGUAUCACCAGGCGAAGGAAAGAGGACACAUUACAAAGGAUUGCCCUUAUAGAAGGAAUCCGAAUGUGCGUUGGAACCAACAACAAGACCAAGUGUUUGCUGUGAAUGCCAAUGAUGCUGCUAAGUCAGAUCCUUUGAUGAGAGAUAAAUGUUUUAUUAGUGACAAAGUGUUGGUUACAUUGCAUGAUACGGGAUCUUCACAUUCAUUCAUUACAUUUGAUAAGGCUGCUAAACUAGGGUUAAAAAUCUCGCACUUAGCUUUCGAUUUGCAUGCGCAUACCCUAUCUCAGAUAGUUGUGACUAGAUUAGGUUGUAGGCAAAUACCUUUCAAGAUUGAGGAUAGAUCUUUUGUUCAUGACUUAAUUUGUUUGCCGAUGGUUAGGUUGGAGAUGAUUUUGGGGUUUGAUUGGUUGUCAAAGAACCGAGUGUUGUUAGAUUACUUUGAGCGAACAAUUCGCUUUAUGUCGGAAGGAAAAGGAGGAGCAGUUGUAGCUAAGAGUUAUUACCUGAAUUCUGUAAUAGUGAACUGUAGUGGGAACGAGUGUCAGGGUUAUAUACUUUUAGCUUCGAAUGCGUCAGGCGAUGAGCAGAAGUUAGACUAA